UUCUAGAUCUCUGUUUCAAUCUUCUGUUUUCAUCUCUUUCUCACAUUGCUUCUUUGCGAUCGUGUUUGGAUGCUUAUGAAUUCGGUGUUUCUUUCUUGAUUUUGGGGUUUGGUUGUGCUUUUUUUUUUUUUUUGGGGGGGGUUUUUGUGGAUUUGGAGUGAAGAAUGGAGAUCUCUUGCUGCGGCUUGGUUUUUGGUUUCUUUGUUAGGUUCCAUUGAUAGGGGUUUUGGACAAAUUUCUGUUUCUCUGCGCUGGAGAUCGUGAACGUGGAUUGUUGGAUCUGUUGUGGUUAUGUUUUGGAGGGAAAUGGUUUCGUUUGUUAGUUUGAUUCAAUUUUUUUCCUGAAUUCUUCUUGUUGUUUCUCUUCAAAUGAGGUAUGAUUUUGGAAUGUGACCGGUUGGUUAAUGUCUUCAGUUUCUCCGCUUCUAUGUUUGUAUACGAGUUUCCUCAAUUGUUUGAUCCUUGUUGAUCUAGGUCUUCUUCCUCUUUUGUUUCUGAUUUCUUCAUUCUUGGAUUUGGAGUUCGUUUUUGGUGGAAAAUCCAUAAGCGCACCCUACGAAAAUAUGUUCUAAUUUGAAGAUAUAUUGGCUGGCGAAACACACUUUCAACAUUUUUAAAUCGCAGUUGGCAAUUCUUGUCACUUUCCCUAUUUUGUAAAAGCUAUCAAAACUGUUGUGGAGUUUGGAUGUCGAGGAAAUAUUUGAAUUUCUUAGAUGCAGGGAAAAGAUGUUAAGUCAAUGACAUGCAUUAUUCUUACUUAAUCUUGGAAGAUGCCGGUGUCAAAAUCCAAGUCCGCCUCCAAGGAUAAGCCUUCUGCUAGGGCUGCUGCCAAGAAACAGCUGAAGGCUUCAAAAAACUCUGCUUCUAAAAAUUCAAACAGGAGUUCAGCAGCAACUACUGCUCACAAUCCAGUUGAUGAAUUGGUUCAUACAGUCGAGAUAUCAUCAACACUAACCGCAGCUUCGCUGCAUUCGGACAAUGGUCACUUCCAGAAUAUGGAAGAUACAGAUGACCACUCGAGCAGCCCACGUGGUACAGCAUCUGAUUUUGAUCUGUCUUCCAACAAUGGUAGCUGCUCUGGUGAGUCGGAGGACCCAAAAGAGAAGACAGUUGAUUCUUCAAACCAUCAGGAGAGGGCAUCUGGAUGUGACCAUGAAAAGCGGGAGAAGAUUCGUCUAAAAAAUGAGAAGAAACACCAGAGACAGAAAGAGAAACGUGCUCAGGAGUUACAUGAACGAUGCAAGGGUUAUCUAAUGUCCAGAAAGCUCGAAGCUCUCUCUCAGCAACUAGUUACUAUGGGGUUCUCUCCUGAAAGAGCUACCAUGGCACUGAUGUUAAACGAGGGUAAGCUAGAGGAAUCAGUCUCCUGGCUCUUUGAAGGAAACGAGGAAGAAGCCCGUAACAAGGAUACUGCAAAUUCUACAAGUGUGGGUAACUUGAAGAUUGAUAUUAGCAGUGAACUAGCUCAUAUUUCAGCUCUUGAAGCGCGAUACAAAUUCUCAAAGCAAGAGGUUGAAAGAGCUGUGGUUGCUUGUGGAGGUGAUCUGGGUAAGGCAGAAGGUAUGUUAAGAGACCAAAAGCAGAAAGAAUCUGUCAGUCAGUCGAGUCACGAUGUAGUUGGUGAAACAAAAUGUAUGACAAGAGCUCAAGAAAUGCCUGGCUCUGCAUCUGUCUUUGCAGUGCAAUCGAACAAAAAUGAUCGAGAGUCUAGCUGUAAUAGUGCUGUAAUUACAGUACCAGCAUGGUUAGAAGCAGGCAAUAGAAGUAUACAGCAGUCCUCGAAGACGACUAAUCCACCGAGGCUGCUAAGGGGAGGGGAGAAGAGAUGGCCUGCUGUAGGAUCAGGCCUUUCUUCAUCAACUUCGACACCUCCAUUGCCUGUAGUUCAUCAUUCACAUGUAAAGGCAGAGGCUCAAAUCGGUGUUUCUAAAAGCGAGGCGAUCAAUCUUCGGCGAGAGAUACAAGAGCAGCCAGUAGAGCCAGUUUUUAUGCAGCAGCCUCAACCCGUAAAUGGGUUGCAGAACGCUGUCUCCAGUUCCAUGCUUCCUGGAACGACUCCAUGGUAUUCGAACAAUGCUCCGACCAUCAAAAAUGUCAUUUCAAGUGACACAUUGCUGCACAACAAUAGCACGAUGAGCCUUGGGUCCGAACAUAGAAAGCUGGAGCAGAUCUACCAUCAGGCUAUCCAUAAUCAACCACAAUUCAUGUCUGGGUUAGAUAUUACAUGGGCGAAAGAGAACGCGCCUUUGUCGCACUCGUCUCCUUCCGAUGCGCAAAGUUUGUGGAGAGCUGGUGGUGGAACUCUAUCCUCAUUUGCAGUCCCCUCUAAUUAUGGAUUAAGUUCCAACCUCAGCCAAGGCUCACCAGUACAAACAUCUGGGUUAUUGUCACAAAUGGACUGGAAUAUCGGGGGGUUGAUGCCGUAUUGCGAUUACAACAGAAUAGACUGGACUCUGCAUAGCCCGAGUUCCCGAUUGAGCGAGUCGGCUCCGUUGAGGAAUAGUUCUGGAAGGAGGGUGCAGGGUGGGGGAGGUGUAAAAGAUAUGUCACCUUCAGGUGGAUUGCGCGAUUGGACCUCACCUUUUGCAGGAAAUGACCUGUUCAGUGCCCCCAGGCAGCUUGUUACAUCACCAUUUCCUUAGUUUAAGUGUAAAAACGUGUGCCUGAUCAUCGUUACUAUGCCCUUCUCUGUUGUUUGUUUGUAGCUUGCCAAAUCAAAGAUGCACCUCAACUAGUGUGACUAAUAAUCUUAUUGUCUUUCUCCUGCGCCUUCAAUGUUAUCUUUAUCAGCUGCCUGCCUAGUUUUAA